ACGUGAUUGGACCAUGAGUCACCAUAAUAACAGUCGGGGAGCAGGAGGGCUCUUAGAAACGAGCUGUGUCGUGGCUGGAAGCCUCGUUUCUUCUCCGCCUCAAAAAGAAGGAAAGGAAUCACAGGAGAAACAAGAAGUAAAUGGAGUGUGUGGUGCAAGGGAUUAUUGAGUCACAGAACAAUUCCCAUUACAUGAGGCAUAACAAUGGUGUCCGUUUACAGCAUGUUGAGGCCCUGCAGAUUCUUCUUCAGGGCCUUUGUGGUGUUCCAAAAGAACGUGUCAGGGUACAUGAGCUGUGUUUAAAAAGUGGACCAAACCUAGGAGUUGUGCCUUCUGAGGUCCGUCUUUUGUGUGAUUUAGCGCAGCCCACACCAUCUUGGACUGUACGGCAUGUUGGGGGUGCAAUGAGAGGUGCUGGUGCUGAGCAGAUCUCGGUUUUAGUCCGAACCAUAGUCGAAAGCAAAGUGGGCCAUAACGUUCUGCGCUUCUUUUAUUCCCUUGGUUACAAGUUAGACCAUGAACUUUUAAAGGAGGGUUUUGUGUUCCGUUUCCAGAGAGGAGCCCAGAUAACUGUUACUGUGACUUCUGCCAAUAAAAUGCCUAAACUUUAUGCAACCGAUGAAGCUGUUCCUGUCACUCCAGGCAUACAACUGGUUGAAAUCACGGCACCAGCUGCAGCUGAGAACUAUAGUGAGGUUGUUGCUGCUGUUUCUUCUUUCUGCGAGUAUUUGGCUCCGCUCUUGCAUCUCUCGAAGCCUGGUGUUUCAAUGGGUAUUGUUCCUACAGCAGCUGCUGCUGCUGCUUCUCUUAUGUCAAAUAGUGGUGCAAAGACUUUAUAAUGUCUCCCUUCGUAGUUGAUGUUUGGAUGCCAAAUCAAACAUUAACACUAACUUAUCUUCUUUCAUGAAUAGUUUUGUUGUUUCAUCCGUGGGGUUUUAUAUUUAUCCAUGAUUGUGUACUAUUUUAGGUUGUUUAAGUAGAUAAACAAAUGAUGUAACUCUCGUUCAAUAAUUGGAUAAAGUUUCUGUGUUGGUUA